AAAUUUAACCACUCAAACUGGAAGCCCAAUUCCAGAUGAAGAUAAGCAAAAUUCACUAAAAAAAAAGAAGAACCGAAAUGACGGCUCCAAAUGUGAUGACACAACGACUCCAAAAAGACACGACAAAAGAGAAACGGCGGCUCCAAAAAACAAUAAACCAGAGAAAGCGCGUGAUGACAACAUCAGUGAAACGACGGCUCCAAAAUGCGAUGACACCAACGAAACGACGACUUCAAAAAGACACGAUACCAGAGAAACGACAGCUCCAAAAAACAAUAAACCAGAGAAAGCAUGUGACGACGGCACUAGUGAAACAAUGGCUCCAAAAUGCGACGACACCAAUGAAGCAACGACUCCAAAGAGACACGACAUCAGAAAAAUGAUGGCCCCAAAAAAACGACGAUGCCAAGGAAAAAAGUGA